CGACUCGCGGCCACGAUGGGAGCGUCGCUCGAAGAGCUCGCGGCGGCGAUCGGCGUGCAGGGCGCCAAGGUCAAGGAGCUGAAGACGGCCAAGGCCGACGCCGGCGCCAUCAAGGAGGCCGUCGACGCGCUGCUGGCGCUAAAGAAGGAGCUGACGGCCCUGGACCCGUCGCACGCGCUGGCCAUCGUCGACAAGAAGGCGAAGAAGAAGGGCGGCGGCGACGCGCCCAAGGGCGGCGGCGGCGGCGCCCAGAAGCCGAGCAAGAAGGAGCUGCGCAUGGCCGAGCGCGCGAAGAAGGCCGAGGCGGGCGCGGCCGCGCCAAAGGCCGACGCGUCCGCGUCCGCGGACGUCUUCGGCGAGGCACGAACUCGCCGAAGCUCCUCGCGGGCGCGUCGGAAGGCGGCUCGUCCGUCUUCAAGCUCGACUACUUCGGCCGCGACUGCUGCCUCGCGCAGUCGCCGCAGCUCUACAAGCAGAUGCUGAGCGCCUGCGCCGACUUCGAGCGCAUCUACGAGAUCGGCCCCGUCUUCCGCGCCGAGGACUCGAACACGCGGCGCCACCUCUGCGAGUUCACGGGCUUGGACUUCGAGAUGGCCAUCUACGAGCACUACUACGAGAUCCUCCACGUCUUCUCCGAGCUCUUCGCCCACAUCUUCUCGUCCCUCGAGUCCAAGUUCGCCAAGGAGCUCGGCAUCAUCUCCCAGGUCUACCCCUUCGAGCCCUUCAAGUUCCUCCCCAAGGCGCUCCGCAUCUCCUUCGCCGAGGGCAUCGAGCUCCUCCGCGCCGCGGGCGUCACGGAGGAGAUGCAGGGCAGCUUCGACGACCUGUCCACGGAAAACGAGAAGACGCUCGGCGACAUCGUCAAGGCCAAGUACGGCACGGACUUCUUCAUCAUGGACAAGUACCCGCUCAGCAUCCGCCCGUUCUACACGAUGCCCGACCCGGAGACCUACGGCAAGGUGCCCCCGGCGCAGCAGCUCUCCAACUCCUUCGACAUGUUCAUGCGCGGCCAGGAGAUUGUGUCCGGGGCCCAGCGCGUCCACGACCACGCGCUCCUCAUGGAGCGCGUCAACUUCUGCCACAGCGGCGGCGGCCACGGAGGCCCCGCGCCCGAGGACAUCAAGGGCUACACGGACGCCUUCAAGUACGGCGCCUUCCCCCACGGCGGCGGCGGCGUCGGCCUCGAGCGCGUCGUCAUGCUCUACCUCGGCCUCACGAACAUCCGCAAGGUGUCCUGCUUCCCCCGCGACCCCACGCGCCUCACGCCCUAGGGCGCGCACCGUGCGCCCACUCGCCGAACAAGGCCGGCGGGCCGUGCUCGUAACAGCCGGCGGGAUG